UUGUAAUUCAAGCGUUGCUGCGGAAAAUAUUCAAAAUGUGUUACUUUGGAAACCAAUGCUUGUUGAUUCGCGCUUUUGGAAUCAAUCGUUUCAGUGAAAAGUGUUUUACACUUGUGGGCAUUUUUAUGUGAAAAUGGAUGGCUGUUUAGGAUGCCAGGACAUAAAGGCGUUGCAGAAUUUAAUUAGUCCACCGAUAGAUAACUCGGAUUCUGAGGAUGAUCUACCACAAGCUGGCGCACGAAAACUUUGUUUUUCAGGUCCCAGCGAUAUAGGCGCCCAAACUGUGGCGAAUGCUGCCCCUGAAAAUGCAGGCCCGCAUAGACCGCUGAAAGAAGGGCCUGACGAUAUUUGGCACCCCUCCGAGGCAGACAAAGCGCAAUAUUCUGAAACAUGCGAUCCAAGAGAGGUGCCCGAAUACGAGAUGAAAUUUAAGCAAGCUGUGUCAGCGGAGGAUGUCUUUCUAGGCAUGGGCUUCAAAACUCCGAGCACGGCUUCCUGCGAGUGGCUGGCCAUCCUCGUGAAGAUGCCGCAGGAGUCGCGCGACAGAGUCGAGCUCACCGUGGAAUCCGACGCGAUCGACGUUCGCAGCCCAAGAUAUCGGCUGCACCUCGCGACACCCCAUCCGGUCGAUCCCACUGUCUCGUCUGCCAAGUGGCACACCGACGUUUCCGCUCUGGAGGUCACGCUGAAACUCGUACGCGAGCUGGACGCCGUGAAUUUUUAAUCUACCUAUUACGUGUUCGACUUUACGGAAAGUAGGUAAACUUUAGAAAUUUAUGAUGAUUGAUCUGUUCGUGUUUUCAAUGUUCUGAUAUGUUUUUGGUAAUGUUUGUGAUGGUAAAAUUAUUGAUGCUAUUGUGGAGUAUCAUAGCUAUUAUAGUCAGUUCCAAGUUCUGCAGGCUUUAACAAAACUUAGCAUAGUGAGGAGCCUAAGUGAACCUAAGUAGUUAGGUUAACCCUGCCCAAGGCAGUCGCUAAUGACCUCGACGCGACCUAGAGCAGUCAGCUAGAAAGAAAGAGUAAAUAAAUCCACGGCUCGUAAAAGCUCACAGGGUCAAAACGCCAGGACCCGAAUUUCAUC